AUGGCGGAGCGUGGUUGCGGUCUUGGGAUAGUGGUGGAACCACUAACUGUCCCGGACCACCCUUGUUGGAUGGGGAGCAGAGAUAAUUCUGUUGCCAUCUUCUGGAGACGCACCGGGGAAGAGUAUACCCCGUGUGUUCGUGGAAGCAGCGGAGAAGGAUGGGUGACGGUAAAGUGGGGCCCCAUCACAGUGAUGGGGGUCUAUAUACGCCCCAGCCUGACCCGGGCGGAAUUGGAGGACCGCCUGGACGAGAUGGAGAGACAGGUAAGGAGAUUACUGCCAGGACCUGUCAUGAUAGCGGGUGACUUUAACGCGGCGUCGACGCUCUGGGGGUCGAGGCGGCAGAAUGCGAAGGGAGCAGAGGUGGUGGCCUGGGCCAACCGCCUAGGACUCCACCUUGAAAAUAGAGGCAACACCAGUACGUGCGUAAGACCCCAGGGGGAGUCCAUCGUCGACCUGACGUGGACUUCCCCUGGGGCCACGAGGAUGAUCAGCUCGUGGAGAGUGGCGGUGGAGCUGGAGAUUCUCUCCGAUCACCUCCCGAUCAUUAUCGAGCUGAAGCUGUCGGACGAAACGGGGAGAGAUGCGCACCAGCGACCCCCUAGGUGGGCCAUUAGGAAAAUGGACCCAGACAAGCUGCGGGCAUCCUUGAUCGCAGAAGAGUGGUCGGGCGAGGAGCGGGAGAAUGUGGAAGAGCAGGCCCUAUGGCUCCGCCAUGACCAGAGCAUGCGACGCAGCCAUGCCGAGGGCUGCCUAUGUGCCUCGAAAGGAGGCGUAUUGGUGGUCGGAGGAGGUGGCUCUGCUAAGAAGAGCGGUAGUCCGGGCAAGAAGACACUUGCAGCGCACACGACGAAGGAGGGGUAG